AAUUCAGAAAAUAUUUUGGUUCAUGAAGAGAAGAUGAUGAUUGCUUAUUCAAUUCCGGAUCAAUCCAUUGACAAAAUACACAUACCUUACGUAGCUCCAGAAGUUUUGCAUACUAAGCAAUAUACACGUGAGGCAGAUAUAUAUUCAUUAGGUAUUAUAUUGUAUGAAAUAACAACGGGUUUGUCUCCAUAUUAUAAUAUUCUGCAUGAUGUUAAUUUGGAGAUGAAAAUUUGUAAUGGCAUAAGACCGGAAUUUCCAAACACAACGUCAAAUUUGAUUUCACAAAUUAUUAGUCGUUGUUGGGAUGCGGAGCCCUCUCGACGACCAAAUAUUGAAGAAUUAAAGGAUGAAUUAGUUCAAUUACAUUCCACUAUCGAAGAAAAUUAA